GAGGAGGCGGGUCUGGUGAAUGACCCUGGUAAAGAUGGCCACGGCGAUGCGGGUUUGCAGAGCGCUGUAUCCGUGUCGGGCGCUUCAAACCCGGGGGCUGCCCGGAGCUUCCGGCGUUUCACCCCCUUUGAUGCGGCUCCCGGCCCGGGUGAAGAUUGUGGAAGUCGGGCCCCGGGAUGGGCUGCAGAACGAGAAGACUCUUGUCCCAGCUGAGGUGAAGAUCCAGUUGAUUGACAUGCUGUCGGAGGCGGGUCUUCCUGUCAUUGAAGUCACAAGCUUUGUGUCGCCCAAGUGGGUCCCUCAGAUGGCGGACCAGGUGGAGGUGAUGCGUGGGAUUCGGAGGCGCCCCGGUGCCAGCUACCCCGUGCUGACCCCCAACCUGCAGGGGUUCCAGGCCGCGGUCAGGGCAGGGGCGCGGGAGGUGGCUAUCUUCGGGGCGGCCUCUGAGCUCUUCAGCAAGAAGAACAUCAACUGCAGCGUGGAGGAGAGCCUGCAGAGGUUCGAGGAGGUGACCCGGGCCGCCAAGGAGCAGAGCGUGCCAGUGAGGGGCUACGUGUCCUGUGUGCUCGGAUGCCCCUACGAGGGGAUGGUCUCUCCAGAGAAGGUCGCCCAGGUGGCGAAGCGGCUGUACUCCAUGGGCUGCUACGAGAUCUCGCUGGGCGAUACGAUAGGCGUGGGCACGCCGGGGGGCAUGCAGGAGAUGCUGACGGCCGUGAGCCGCGAGGUGCCAAUCAGCGCCAUCGCCGUGCACUGCCAUGACACCUACGGGCAAGCGCUCGCCAACAUCCUCGUAGCACUGCAGAUGGGGGUGAGUGUGGUUGACUCGUCCGUGGCUGGGCUGGGCGGCUGUCCCUACGCUCAGGGAGCCUCGGGGAACGUGGCCACAGAGGAUGUGGUGUACAUGCUGCACGGGCUGGGCAUCCACACGGGGGUGGACCUGCAGAAGCUGAUGGAUGCCGGAGUCUUUAUCUGCCGCUCUCUCAACCGCAAAACCAGCUCCAAAGUGGCUCAGGCCUCCUGCAAGCUGUGAGGGAGUUCAGUAUUGAGACUUGUCAACAGCAGCUUCUUCAGUUCAGUGACAGACAUGUCGACUGGAAGCCUUUCUCAACACCUUACACAAAAACAAGAGACAUGCAGGUAGCCUUCAACUGAAGACACUGAGAAAGACUGAGUGGAAACGUUAGUCAUUGAAUUUGCACUGAAGACACUGAGAAAGACUUCGAGUGGAAACGUUAGUCACUGAAUUUGCACUGAAGACACUGAGAAAGACUUCUAGUGGAAAUGUUAGUCAUUGAAUUUGUUCUGUUUCUUUUAGUGUUUCUAAGUUUAUCCCUGUUGAGUGUUUUGAUCGUUAUGAAUGGGAGUACAAUAUUUGAAAGAAUUUCAGAGGCACGAAAGGUUUGAAUCUGCAAUUCAGCUAUUCAAAGACAACACUAAAAAUCAAAAGGGCCACACAUGGCUUCAUGUUAUUCAAGUGAGAAGGUGUUCAGUUCUGCCCCCAAUGCAGCCCUGUCUGCAGUGUCCAGGCCUCCUGUCUGCGAAUGCUCAUCUGCUUUGUGAGAGUUUGUAUUUGUUAAUUUAUAUCUCCCAAAUCCUAAAAAAUAAUAACAAUAAAUCUAUAUCUUUA